AAGCUUUAUCUGGUUUACAUUAUUUAGUUUUCUCUACUCUAGUGAUCCUGGAGUAGAACUUCUGAAAAUUCCAAUCAUCAUAUUAUAUCUUCUCUUUGUUUUCCCUCUUUAAAAGAAAGAAACCAAAAAUUCCAUCUUGCUUUUGUUCUGUUUUCCCCUUUCAUCACUGUCUUUCCACCAAAUAAAACAAAGAGCAGCAACUGAAGCCAUAAUAGAGAUCGGAAAAGUCAUGGAAGAGAAGAAUGGACCAAAAGAUGUCAGUAUCCAAAUUGCAAGCACAGAAGAGGGCUCUUCCUCUUCAUCAAAUAUCAGGCAGAGAAAUGUUUCCUUAUCUGCAAGAUCUCCUUCGGCUAAGCAGAUUGCAAAUCCAGACACACACACCCCUCAGGAAACAAAAGAAAAGUCAAACGACCAAGCCUCAACUCUUCCGGAAAUUAAAAAAUGGAGUAAGUGGACAACUCGAAUCAUUAUUGAGUGGAUUGUACUUGUUUGUUUUGCAGGAUGUCUUAUUGCUAGCUUAACUGUACAUAUAUUUAAAAACCAUGUGAUUUGGGGUUUGGAACUAUGGAAAUGGUGUGUGCUCGUGCUGGUUACUUUUUGCAGUGGAAUUUUCACUAGAGGGAUGAUGAAUGUUGUUGUCUUUUUGAUGAGGGGGAAGUUUGCUCAACAUGAGAUGGUUAUAUAUGUUGUUUAUGGACUAAGGAAGAGUGUUUGGUUUUUUGUGUGGCUGAGUUUGGUUCUUCUCACUUGGGUUCUAUUGUUUGAUAGUGGUGUUAAGAGAUCAGAGCAAACUACAAGGAUUCUGAAUUACAUCACGAAGACUCUAUCCUCUACUCUUUUUGGGGCAUUUUUAUGGCUGAUUAAAACUACUGUUGUGAAACUUUUAGCUAUUAAGUUCCAGGGCAAAAGAUUCUUUGACGACAUUCAGAAAGCAAUCCUUCAUCAGCACAUAGUUGACAUGCUCGGGACCUUACAGGACCAAUGUGAUACAGUAGUCAUUGUCAGGUGGAUUUCCAAAUUUCUAAAUUGGUUAAAGGAAAUGAUGACCUCUGCAUGGACCAUGGAAGGGAUAGAUGUCAUAAGAGGGUCAAGGUUGUCUAUUCCGCCUUCAGGUGUAAUUUUUGACAAAAUUAUAGAACAUCAGAAGACUGGAGAUCAGAAGACUGGUAACAAAUUGCCUAGUGGAGUUAAAAAGGAGGAUACUGAAGGUGGCCAGGAAGAAAAAGUGGAGGAUAUUGAAAAGGAGCACAUUGAAAAGGAGCACCUCUUGUCUUACCUUAAACAAGAUAAUGAAGCUAAGGAAGUUCUUAAAAAAUGGUUUGAAGAUGUUGAAUCAAGUGGAGGGAUCAUCAACAAAUCAGCUUUUCAGAACUGGCUGGAAGAUAUCUGCAAUGAACGCGAUAAACUAGCAUCUAGGUUGAAUGAUUACAAAACAGCCAUAGAAGAGCUCGACAGGCUUCUCUCUUCGAUCAUGUUUGUUGUUAUCGUUAUUGUCUGGUUACUUAUGAUGGGAAUUUUAAAAACAAGAGCACUUCUCUUGAUUUGUUCUCAACUUGUGCUAGCGGCAUUCAUGUUUGGUAACUCUCUGAGGACCGUAUUUGAGGCCAUCAUAUUUGUAUUUGUGAUUCAUCCUUUUGAUGUCAGUGAUCGUUGUGUCAUAGAUGGAGUACAGAUGGUUGUUGAAGAGAUGAAUCUCCUGACAACAGUCUUUGAAAGAUAUGAUAAUGAGAAAAUAUACUAUCCAAAUUCAGUUCUGGCUACAAAACCCAUCGCCAACUUUUAUAGGAGUGAAAAGUUUAUCGGUGAUACUUUAGAGUUUGCCAUCGAUGUUUCCACUCCGGCAGCCCUAAUUAGGGAUCUUCAACAAAAAAUUGAAAGCUACAUGAGAAAGAGCACGGAUUUAAAUCAAGAACCAAAACCCAGCGUGUUCGUUAAGGACUUCGAUGAUGCAAAUGGGAUCAAAAUGAUUAUCUAUUUUGCUCAUGCUGCAAACUUCCAGAAAUAUCUAGAGAUUAGGUACAAACAGAGGUCUGAGUUGAUCUUAAAACUGAAAGAAAUUAUGGAACAACUUGAAAUCAAAUAUCACAUUGUGUCUGUCCGUGUCAUUGAAAAAUAGUUGGCAUGAGCUUCUGCUCGAUUGUUGUCCUUUUCUUUUUGUUUCCGUAGAAGUUCUACUUUCUUCGUUUGGAUGUAAUUGCUGUAAUUUCAUCAGUACUCAUUCCCCUGUUAUUCACUCUUAAAACUUUGUUGAUGGUUGAGUCAAUUGUAGUCC